UAGAAUUAUAUUUUACAAGAGAUUUUGGUAAAGAAUUUUAUUAAUUUUAGGAAAACCUAAUCUGUGCCAAUACUAUUGUUGAAUACCGUAUGUUUAUAUAUUUAUGGAAAUAAGUCAACAUAUAAGAUGUAGGGAAAAGAAGGGAUAAGAGAUCAAAGGAGGUCAAAUCAGCAAGGACAUGUUAAGUAGAAAGUGGAAAGUAUUUCUAAAGUCAAUGACUCCACACCACGUGCAACAAUGUAUACCACCAACUGCACUACGCACUAUAUUACAUUUCAAGGUCGUAUGGAUACCAACAUGACAUUGUCUAGCUUUCUCUUCCGUAUUCAUCUCUUUCUCGCGUUACAUAAUCUAAAAGUUACGUGCUAUACCUGGGUGAAAAUAGCAUGACACUAUACAUUUUUUGUUUGCUUAGUAUGCGAUUAAUAAAAUAUAAUCGAUAAAAAAAGUUAUAUUUCACUCCAUUCUAUUGAACACAUUGAAUUGUACUAUUUGUAUCGGUUAUAUUGUCAUUUAUUCAAAAAUUGAGAUACCUUUGCUUGAUUUUACGAAUGUACCUAUCAAUUUAACUUGUAUCUUACUUAACCAUUAACAUCAUAUGUUAGAUGUUUUUAAAAAAAAAAAAAAGAGAAUGAAGAGAUAUGAUUUGUUAUAUAAAUAAUUGAUUAUUAAUUAAUUAGAAAAUAUAUUUUGUAAGAAAUGUCAUUUUUUUUAUAACAUAUAAGUAAUUAUAAUUGUUUAGUGAGUUAUUGUCUUUUACAAUCAAAACGUUUCUUUCUUUUUUUUUCAAAAAAAAAUGGGUUCUGUUAAAAAAGAACCUACCAGCAUACAGAUCAAAGCAACAAAACAAUGGUUAAUUUAGCGAUUUUCUACUAUGUAUUUCGAAAAAGGCUUGUUUUAGUAAUAUUUCUAUCACUUCGAUUAAUGUAUAAUUAAUUUGAAAAAGUAAUUUCAAUUUAUAAUGUGAUUCUGUAUUCUGUAUUACUGUAAAAUUGUAUACAAUAUCUUUUAUCGUUUAUUAAAAUUAUAAAAAUUAUUUACUCAUAUUGCAAUUUUCCUUAUAAUAUUAAAAUUGACUUUCAAUCUACAGAUAUUCAUUUUCCGUUUUAUAAGCAGUAACCGAUAUUGAAACGUCUAUUACUAAUUUCAAUUAAUUAAAUUUAUGUUGUUAGUUUAAAUUAAAUUAUGAGAUUAUUGAUAACUAUAUACAUGUAUAUAUGUCAUAUACAUAACACAGGCCUGUACACAAUUAUAUUAAAACAUAGAGGCGAGUGUCCGCCGAGUGAUGACAAAAAGAUUAAUAUGGUGACAACAUCGGACAUCGUUCUGCGCAAACGCGAGAGGUUUCGGUUUCUUUGAAAUAUAAUUAACAUUCACUAGCUAGUUAUGUUUCUGUUACUAAAACAAUCAUGAUAAAUCCAGACAAAGCUAUAAAACGAAAUGUUAUAUAUUUUUUAAAUUAAGAAUGGACGAAGUACAGAACAAACGUGACAUAUAGUGUUUUUUCGUGCUUCAUGUUUUGAGGCUCAUCUGACCCUUUUACCAUUUUCGUGCCACAUGCGACGUUAUCGAUUCGGUACAUAGUGCCGGUUUGAAUUAAAACUAAAUAAAGUUUAUAUAUAUAUGAAAUUAUAAAUAAGAUAUAGAAUAAGAUAUGCCAUAAUCGCAAUGAAGUCUGUGUUUUACACGCUGUCAAAGUAAUGAGUUAGUUAAAUGAUUCGUUUAAUUAGUUUCAAAACUUAAAGUUGUAAUUUCGUGUAUUUAACACACAAAAAUGUGAAUUUCUUAAUCUUUUCUAUUUUCAUAUUUCUAUUCUAAAAUCAAUUAUUAAUUAUAUAUUACCAAACAUAGGUAGUGUGACUCACAAAAAACCAAUAAAAAAAAAAGCAAAAAGGUCGCCAAAAAUCUUGCUUCUAUAGAAAAAUACCAAUCUAAUACAUCGAUCUUCACAAAUAUGCUAAAACUAAACAAACGAUGUGAUUUCAAAUAAAACUUGACAAUAACGCUUAAAACUAACGACGAAACUUAAAGCUAAGACUUAAAAGUAGAGCUUAAGACUAAGGCUUAGAACUAGGACUUAAAACCAUUUGUUCCAAGUCAGACAAUGCAUCUUUGUAUAAAAAAGUACACACUAUGGACUAAGCCUAGAUAUAUUUAUCUUAAAAUUAAUUAAAACCAGAACACACGAUAUCCCUACGAUUUUUCACGACGCGACGUUUCAUGGCGGAUGCUACCAAUUUAUUAAGGUAUUCAAGGUAGCUAAUCAUACAAAGGAUGCAUAGAUUUAUCGACGUAAUACAAUAGCAUUGUUGAUUACAGAAACAAGAUCGCACUGCACAACGUCCGUUUGACAUUUUUCUGACUUUCUUUUUGGUAUCCUUUGGUUUAUACCUAAGAUUUCAGGAUGGUAAUCUUGUUGGCGAAUAGUGCAAUCGGUGACCGCGAGAGUAUCUUAUCCCUACGAUAGUGUACAUGGAUUUACAAUAAUACAAGUAUUGAUGUAAAAAUGUAAUAAGUUUAAAAAUGGUUGAUAAUAACUCACCUCCAACUAAUCUUUGGGAUACACUAUCCACCGCAACUUCAUUUGACAGAGGUAACAAUGCAAAUCCAACACUAUGUUUGGACAAUGAAAGUAAUCUGAACAAUGGGCAAAUUGUGAGCAUACUUAGAACUUCUACUAGUCUUUUAAUUGAAUCACUUAUACAGCAAUUGUGUAUACUCUUUGAAGAUGAUUCAGUACACAGAAAUAAAUUGUAUUUUGCUAUUUGUGAUAGACUUCACAAAUUGAAACUAAUUGAUGAUUCCUACAAUAUGAUGGAAUUCGAACCAUUAAGAAAUCAAUAUCAACAAGCACUAUAUCACUUGUUUACAGUUACACGUGCAGCAGUCGGUUGUGAAAAUUUACUUCAGAUUUCAAGUUUAUGUAGACCAUCAAUGACAGAAUGGUCCCGUUAUCAUAGAGAGUUUCAAGAAAUAAGUUUUAUUGCUGCUGGAGGAUUUGGUAAUGUUUUUAAAGCUUUACAUCGUCUUGAUGGUAUCGAAUAUGCCAUUAAGAAGAUAACAGUUCGUUCUGAUCGAGUUAAAAAUAUAAUGCAGCAUCUUGAAGAAGUGAAAACUCUUGCCAAAUUAAAUCAUACCAAUAUAGUUUCAUAUAAAGGUGCAUGGAUUGAACCUAUGUUGCCUUCAAGGCAGCAUUUAGUAUCCCUAAGUCAUUUGCAAAGCAAAUUAGGAUCUAUUGAACAUAACAAGACAAAUGAAUAUAGAUUAUGGAUAAAUCAGACUUCCAGUUCACAAAGUCAACAAAGUUUGGAUACUGGGAGUAGUGAAAGUCCAAAAGAAAAUGACAAACAGGACAUGUUGUCACAACAUGGUAAAUGGACAAAUUAUGAGUCUGAAGAAAAUGUUAAGAAGGAUGAGGAGGGAACUAAUUCAAACAGUAUAUCUUUUAGAAACGAUAGCGAACAUCAAAAUAAUAAAACAGAAAAUAAUACAAGUUAUACUGAUGGCAGUAAUUCAUAUGAAGAGUCCAGUAAAAAUAAGAUGCUUUUACCAUAUAUACCUCAAACAAAUAAAUAUACAACAUUGUAUAUUCAAAUGGCUCUUUGUGAAAAAACACUUCAACAGUGGCUUGACGAAAGGAUAGAGGUAACGCCACAAGCAAUGCUCGUUGCAAUAUUAACACAAACUCUUCAUGGUUUAGACUAUAUACAUUCUCGUGGUAUUGUGCAUCAUGACAUAAAGCCAAGCAAUAUAUUUAUUUCAACGUCAGGACAGCUACAAAUACAGUUAGGAGAUUUUGGAUUAGCUUGUCCAUUACGAAGUGAAAAUCACCAUUCCAUUAUAGGAACACAAAUGUAUGCAGCGCCAGAGCAACUACAAGGAAAAUGUGAUCCUAAAAGUGACAUAUACAGUUUGGGAAUAGUACUUUUAGAGCUGAUAGUGCAUACAAGAACUCAGAUGGAAAGAAUUGAAAUAAUUAACAGUUUGAAAAUGGGACAUAUACCAACAACACUAGCUGCUACUCAUCUUAAGUGGGCGCAUAUAGUAAGUCAAUUAGUUCAAGAAGAGCCCGAGAAUCGGCCAUCAACGAAUCAAUUGUUACAAGACUUAAACGAAGAUAAAGAUAUGAUGAUAGCGCGUUUAAAGAUUGAAAACGCUAAAAAAGACGAUAUAAUACAAAAAUUACAGGAAAGGAUAUUAAUAUUAGAAGAACAAAUGGUUAAACAUAGUAUAUCGUUACAAGAUAUAUAAACCUUUGUAUUAUUAGACUGAAAGAUAGCGAAUUUUUUUUUUUAAAAGAAGCAUAUAGCAUUACUAUUUAAAACUCCAUGAUAAAAUAAUAAAGAGAGUACUCUUGUACGAAUAUAAUAAAAGGUAAGAACAUUCAUAGUUGAACUAAACUGCUGUGCAUUUUUUACAUAUGUAGCACAUAAAAAUAUUGUUUCAUAAGGAAAUAAUAAAUGCGUUUAUUUACGUUUCAUUUUAUACAGAUCGAAAUAAAAUAUUUAUAAAUAUUUU